UCCAGGCCCUGGACGACACCUUUGGCAUUGACACACGAGACGCACACCCUGACAGAGACAGAGACAACAAUGAUGCGUCAUUUUUGAGGCUCUGUAGCCUCAGGCAUGCACCGAGAGACAAUGGCAGCGAAGCGGAAUGGUGAGCGCCAACGGUGCGUUUCGGCGUUUCUUCUCACUCAAAGCUUGCGCUUGCACUAGCAACAGCAGCUUGGCUAGGAGUGAAAAUUUUCUCCCGGCGUCGGCCUCACCCCCAAUGGUUGGACGGAGGGCGGUACCUCACAGGCUCAUCCUGGACGCUUCACGGGUGAAGCUCAACCGUAAAAGAUACUCCUUUUGUGGAUCCCGACAUUACGGUUACGGCGUUGCGGUCGCACCCAUCUCGGCCAUCUCAGACACUGGAACCUCGGACGUCGGCUCAAUGGAGCGACCCUACCUCCCAUUGGCAGACGAAUCGACACGUCCGUCGGUCAUCGGUAGGGCCAAGCUGUCCAGCAACGAGAAAACUGCAGCGUCCCUCGGAGCGCUGCCAGUGGACGCCAGCACGCCAGCCAGGUUUCUGGGUGCUGCCGGGAUCUCACGUAACACUUGUCUACUUGCAGUCGGGGGUGUAGGGGAAGGGGUGUGUGUGCAGUCAGGCAGCAAGCGUCCCUGACAGGAAACCGGGCUGGCCAAGGCAUGCGUGCGUGCUUCGAUUGACUUCAUCCCAUCUUCGCUGAUGGUUGGCGGCGGCAUCGACUCGAACGAAAAAACGAAAAGUUCGAUAAGGAGAUGGGAAGAACAGUGAGAGAAAGGAAAACGAAAAGCGGUUGGGAAGUGAAGGGAGGGGGCACGACAUGAAAUGCAAAUCGACGCAAGCGACAAAACGGAGGGAGGCCUUGGACCAACUCGCUAU